CUCUUACUCAGUUUUGCCCCCCUCUCCUCCCCCGCCCCCGGCCUGGUGUAGAUCAUGCCGCCAGUGGCGGCCCUGACUGCCGAGGAAACGGUAGCUUAGGACAGUUGGCUAUUAAGUGACAUUAAUUCUCCCCGCUCCGCCUGACCCCUGAGACAGAGGGACGUCCCCCGCCGUGUGAGGGGGUGGUGGAAUUGGGGAGAGAAUUCGGAUCCACCUGGGAGGGGGGAGUGGAAGUUCCCGCCCCGGAGAGCGGCGAGCUGCAGCCACAGUUGAUUAUGGAAGAUUCCCACAAGAGUAACACUGCAGAGGCAGCGCCGCAGCCUGGUUCAGCGGUUCAGGGAACUCAUAUUUCUCAUAUUGCUCAACAGGUAUCAUCUUUAUCAGAGAGUGAGGAGUCUCAGGACUCAUCAGACAGUAUAGGCUCCUCACAGAAAGCGCACGGGAUCCUAGCACGGCGCCCGUCUUACAGAAAAAUUUUGAAAGAUCUAUCUUCUGAAGAUACACGGGGCAGAAAAGGAGACGGAGAAAACCCUGGAGUUUCUGCUGUCACUUCUAUGUCUGUUCCAACUCCCAUCUAUCAAACUAGCAGUGGACAGUACAUUGCCAUUGCCCCAAAUGGAGCCUUACAGCUGGCCAGUCCAGGCACAGAUGGAGUACAGGGACUUCAGACAUUAACCAUGACAAAUUCAGGCAGUACUCAGCAAGGUACAACAAUUCUCCAGUACGCACAGACCUCUGACGGACAGCAGAUACUUGUGCCCAGCAACCAGGUAGUUGUACAAACUGCGACGGGAGAUAUGCAGACGUACCAGAUCCGAACCACGCCUUCAGCCACUUCGCUGCCGCAGACUGUGGUGAUGACGUCUCCUGUGACUCUUACGUCUCAGACAACCAAGACGGAUGACCCCCAGCUGAAAAGAGAAAUCAGAUUGAUGAAAAACAGAGAAGCUGCUCGAGAAUGUCGCAGAAAGAAGAAAGAAUAUGUGAAAUGCCUGGAAAAUCGAGUCGCGGUCUUGGAAAAUCAAAACAAAACUCUAAUAGAAGAGUUAAAAACUUUGAAGGAUCUUUAUUCCCAUAAAAGUGUUUGAUUAAGAAAGAAAAUAUUUUUGCAGACUUGCCUAAAAAUUAGAUGGAUUUCUUUUCUUUUUAGUGGAGUUUAUAAAUUAAAAGGUCAAAAAUGAAGCUUUUUAUUUAGGCUUUUGCAACUCAAAGAUAAAUAUCUUAUGCAAGAGAUGUGGUGACGGAAGAUAAAAUGAAAAUGACCUCAAGGAAGUUACUGGCACAACUGGAAACUCUAAAAAUUAAACCUACUCAACAAGCAGGAAAUGAACUUUCACCAGUUUGAAUCUUCUAAAUACCAAGAAUCCAGAAAUGGCAGAUAAGAUGAAAUCUGGUAAACUGGUUUUUAAAAUAAAUCAGUUUACCCUGUAGGUUUGCCUUUCUUAUUGUUUCUUAAAUUUCUUUUCAAUUGUGUGUGCGUGUGUGUAUGUUUUAUUUCUGCCAAUAAAUUCUAAAUUACAAAUAGAAAAGCUAAUACAUAACUAAAUAUAUAAAUUAUGUUUUCUGAUUAUGUAUACUUGUUCUAUUGUCCAGUCUUUUAAAUGGGUUUUUUAAAGUUUGUUUUUUGGACUUGAGAGGGGUUUUGAGACUUGCUUGGGUGAACUAUUUUUGAGGCUUUGUCCUAAAAGGCAUCUAAGGUACAUGAAUGGAGUGUGGUGAUUUUGUAACAUUUUUUUUUUUAUCAGAUUGGAAAGUGAACUUCUGUUUAAAAGUUUGAUACUUUUAAAUAGCUUGUUUUUUUGGUUACUCUGGGAAUGGAGAUUUUCUACAAAUAUAUAAUAAAUUGUUUUUUGAUUCUGUAUUCAGUAUGCAGUUGAAUAUACAUUACUUACUCUGUUGUGCUUUAAUAGAAUGGAGUGUUUACAGGCCCUUAAGAUGAUAUUAGAGUAUUUUUAAAAAACCUUCUGAAGAUGCAUACCAAAGUUUUCCAAGAGGAUUUUAUAACCAAUUUAAUGUAAGGUUUAUCAGAUUCUAAAAUAGUAUGGUUAUUAAGGCAAUUUUAUGUUAGAGUCUAUUUUGUAAUGUAGUGAAUGGUACAUUUCUAAGAAAAGUGACUGCCAAUAUAUUUUUAUAGCUAAUCUUUAUAAAUUCUAAAGUUGAGUUUUUAAUGAUUAUUUUAAAUGUUUAUAUAGUUUGUUUAGUAAAAAAAAAAAUAUUUUGCAUCUCAAAGUAUCAUUUUUAUAUAAUGAAAAGUUUCCAGAUUGGCUAAUAUUUGAAUUACAAGUUUUGUAUGCAGUUUUAUCCAAAGCUCAAGAAUGUCCAUCAGUACACCAGUGUUUAACCUCUGUAUUGCAGUUUGUAUACACUUUGAAAUUGUAAUGCAAAACUAUUGUGCGCUUCUUACACAAUAUGUAUCAUAUUGUUGUCUGUGAAAUUAAAGGAUAUUUGAUAAAAUUAAGUUUGCUGAAUGUAAAAUACAUUGCUUGAUAUGUGAA